AUGUGGAAUGAUAUUGAGCUGCUAACAAAUGAUGAUACAGGAAGUGGGUACCUAAGUGUUGGUUCAAGAAAAGAACAUGGAACUGCUUUAUAUCAAGUAGAUUUACUAGUGAAGAUCUCCUCCGAAAAGGCCUCAUUAAAUCCAAAACUACAAGCAUGCAGCUUAAGUGAUGGGUUUAUUAUUGUAGCGGACCAAUCAGUGAUACUGUUGGACAGUAUUUGUAGAUUGCUUCAAUUGCAUCUUAUAUUUGAUACUGAAGUGGAUGUGGUUGGCCUAUGUCAAGAAGGAAAGUUUCUUCUGGUUGGGGAGAGAAGUGGCAACUUACAUCUUAUUCAUGUAACAUCAAAGCAAACAUUACUCACCAAUGCUUUUGUUCAGAAAGCUAAUGAUGAAAAUCAGUGUACUUACCGGAAUCUUGUUAUUGAGAAAGAUAGUUCAAAUGAAGGUACCUAUUAUAUGCUGCUUCUUACAAACAAUGGAUUUUUUUGUAUUACAAACCUUCAGCUUGUAAAAAUUCAACAAGCGAUUGAAAAGGUAGACUUCCAUACGGCAAAAAAGUUACAAGGACAAAUCAAGUCCAGUUUUAUUUCUACUGAAAAUUGUCAUACCCUUGGUUGUCUCAAUCUUGUGGCUGGUGAUUUAGCAAGCGAAAUCCCUGUGAUAAUUGGGGGAACUGGUAAUUGUGCAUUCUCAAAAUGGGAACCAGAUUCUUCUAGGAAAGGGAUGACCGUUAAGAGUGUUAUUGAUGCAGAGAUUAUUGAAGGUGCAAAGAAGUUCCAGCUGAUAGACAAUCUACUUUUUGUUCUUGAUACCAAUAACGUGCUGAGCUUAUGGGAUAUUUACACCCUAACUCCCAUAUGGAACUGGCCCUCCCUUCACAUAGAAGACUUUCUUCUCACCACAGAAGCAGAUUCACCUUCAUCAGUCACGUGGCAAGGGAUUACAAAUCUCAAGUUAGUAGCUCUGACAACUGCUACUAAUAAGAAGAUGAGAAACCUCAUGGUCUAUUCAUUACCUAUGAUGGAAAUACUAUAUUCUUUGGAAGUAUCUGGUGUUUCUUCUCUGGUCCAAACAGGAAUUAGCUCAGAUACCAUAUACCUUCUGGAAGGAAUUUGCAAAAAUGAUCCAAAACUAUCUGAAGACUCAGUUUCUGUUUUAGUACUCAGAUGUCUUACAGAAGCUUUGCCAGAAAACAGAUUGAGUCGGUUACUUCACAAACACAGAUUUGCUGAAGCCGAGAGCUUUGCCAUUCAGUUUGGACUAGAUGUUGAGCUUGUUUACAAAGUAAAAUCAAAUGAUAUAUUGGAGAAACUAGCUUUGAGUUCUCUGAACACCAGUGAGCAGACUGAAUGGCAAAAACUUGUAGAUGAAGCUAAGGAAAAUCUGCAUAAAAUCCAGGACGAUGAAUUUGUGGUGAAUUACUGCUUGGAGGCUCAAUGGAUAACCUAUGAAACAACCCAGGAAAUGCUAAAUUAUGCCAAAACCAGGCUUUUGAAGAAAGAAGAUAAAGCUGUUCCUAUCUAUUCUGAUGGCUUAAAAGAGGUACUAAGGGCUCAUGCAAAGUUGACUACUUUUUAUGGAGCAUUUGGACCAGAAAAAUUCAGGGGUAGUUCUUGGAUUGAAUUUCUGAAUAAUGAAGAUGACCUUAAGGAUAUUUUUUUACAGCUAAGAGAAGGAAACCUUGUUUGUGCACAGUACCUUUGGCUGAGACAUCGGGCAAACUUUGAAAGCAGAUUUGAUGUGAAAAUGCUUGAGAACUUGCUCAACUCAGUUUCUACACCAGUCUCUUUGCAAAAGCUUUGUCCAUGGCUUAAAAAUGAUGUGAUCCCAUUUGUGAGAAGGACUGUACCUGAAGGACAGGUAAUUCUUGCAAAAUGGUUGGAACAAGCAGCCAGGAACCUUGAACUAACUGAUAAGGCAAACUGGCCAGAAAAUGGGCUUCAACUGGCAGAGGUAUUUUUUACAGCAGAAAAACCAGAUGAGUUAGGAUUGGCGUCCUCUUGGCAUUGGAGUUCCUUGGAUCAUCAAAACACGGAGGAAGUUUGUCAGUUAAGGACUUUGGUAAAUAACCUACGAGAGUUAAUCACACUGCAUAGGAAAUACAACUGCAAAUUGGCCCUCUCUGAUUUUGAGAAGGAGGAUACAACCACCAUUGUAUUCCGAAUGUUUGAUAAAGUACUGGCCCCCGAGCUUAUCCCUUCCGUCUUCGAGAAGUUUAUAAGAGUUUACGUGAGGGAACAUGACUUACAGGAGGAGGAACUUCUCCUUCUGUACAUAGAGGAUUUAUUGAAGAGAUGUAGCUCAAAGUUCACCUCACUCUUUGAUACAGCAUGGGAAGCAAAAGCUAUAGCAGUAAUAGGAUGUUUAUCUGACACAGAUCUCAUAUUUGAUGCUGUGCUCAAGAUAAUGUAUGCAGCAGUGGUCCCCUGGAGUGCAGCUGUGGAGCAGCUGGUGAAACAGCACUUGGAGAUGGACCAUCCCAAAGUCAAGUUAUUACAGGAAAGUUACAAACUAAUGGAGAUGAAGAAACUUUUACGAGGCUAUGGAAUAAGGGAGGUGAAUCUCUUAAGCAAGGAAAUAAUGAGGGUGGUAAGACACAUUCUCAAACAAGAUGUCCCAUCUUCUUUAGAAGAUGCUUUAAAGGUGGCCGAAGCAUAUAUGUUGCCUAAAGACGAAAUCUACAGUCUAAGGAUUAUUGACCUGAUUGAUAGAGAAAAGGGUGAAGACUGUAUCCUUCUGUUGAGGUCUUUGCCUCCUGCUGAAGCUCAGAAAACUGCAGGAAGAGUAAUCAUAUGGGCACGACUGGCAUUACAGGAAGAACCAGAUAAUUCUAAUGAGGACAAGGCCUGGAGACUGUCUGUAGCGAAGACAUCAGUAGACAUUCUUAAAUUACUGUGUGACAUUCAGAAAGACAAUCUGCAGAAGAAGGAUGAAUGGGAAGAAACCUUGAAACAAUUUAAAACUGUUGCUAGCUUACAGGAGAACUUCGAGGUCUUUCUUUCAUUUGAAGAUUACAGCAGUAGUUCCCUGGUAGCAGAGCUCCGGGAACAGCACAUUAAAGCUCAGCAAGUCGCACAGGCUAAACACAAACCCUGGAGGCCAGCAGAGCCUGCGGCUGCCGAGGAGGACAGGCUGAGCGCCGAGUCCAAGCUGCACCGACAGGUGCUGGCCCUGCAGGUGUCCCAGCAAGAGCUGGAGGCCAAGAUGAUCUUGAGGGCCUUGAACGACUGGAACGUGGAAGGGGCACUGAGAAAAUGCAGAGACUUGUUUAAGUAUCACUGCAACACCAACACUGGAAAAUUGCUGUUCCUGACGUGUCAGAAGCUUUGUCAGAUGUUGGCUAAUGGCUUUCCAAUGGCAAUCCCUGAGGGACUAAAUCUUCCUUCUGAGAUACAUGAUCUAGCAUGCCAGGCUGCCACCAUCUGCAGUCCAGAUUUUUUGCUAGAUGCCUUAGAACUCUGUAAAUAUACUUUAAUGGCAGUAGAGCUUUCCAGACAGUGCCAAAUGGAUGACUGCGGAAUUCUCAUGAAAACUUCCUUUGGAACUCAUAAAGAUCCAUAUGAGGAGUGGUCUUACUGUGACUUCUUCAGUGAAGAUGGGAUAGUUCUCGAGUCCCAGAUGGUGCUCCCUGCCAUCUAUGAAUUGAUUUCAUCACUUGUGCCUCUGGCUGAAAGCAAGAGAUAUCCCUUCGAUUCUACAAGUUUACCAUACUGCUCCAUCAGUGAAGGAGACAGCCUUAUGUUACGUAUUAUCAAUUCCAUCUCUGCCUUGCUUCAGAACCUUCAGGAAUCUAGCCAAUGGGAGCUGGCCCUAAAAUUUGUAGUUGGUUCAUUUGGUACCUGUCUUCAGCACUCUGUGUCAAACUUCAUGAAUGCCAGUUUGAGUGACAAGUUGUGUGGAGAGGCCACAUUAGUUAAAUCCAAGCAUGUUGUUAUGGAAUUGAAAGAGAAAGCCAUUAUGUUUAUCAGGGGAAACGCCGCAACACUUUUGUACAAAGUAUUUAAUUGUCGCCUGGUGGACCUCAACUUGGCAUUGGGGUACUGCACUCUCUUACCACAAAAAGAAGUCUUUGAAAAUAUAUGGAAGCUCAUAGAUAAAGCAUGGCAGAAUUACGACAAAAUAUUGGCAAUAUCUCUGGUGGGCUCUCAGCUGGCCAGUCUCUAUCAGGAAAUAGAAAUGGAGCUUAAGUUCUGUGAACUCAGUACUGAUUCCCGGUGGGGCAUUCGUCUUAGUAAACUUGGUAUUUCUUUCCAGCCAGUUUUUAGGCAACAUUUUCUCACCAAGAAAGACCUCAUUAAAGCUCUUGUGGAGAAUAUAGAUAUGGAUACAAGCCUCAUUCUGGAAUAUUGCAGCACAUUUCAGUUGGACUCGGAUGCAGCUCUUCAGCUGUUCAUUGAAACACUCCUCCACAACACUAAUGCCAGCCAGAGCCAGGGAGACACAAGCACGGAAUCCACAAAGGAGCAGCGUUCCAAACUCCUGGCCAAAGCCAUCGAAAUGGUUCCUUUACUGACAAGCACAAAAGAUUUGGUCAUCAGUCUUAGUGGAAUACUGCAUAAGUUGGAUCCCUAUGACUAUGAGAUGAUUGAAGUCGUCCUGAAAGUCAUAGAAAGAGCUGAUGAAAAGAUAACCAACAUUAAUAUUAAUCAGGCAUUGAGUCUUCUGAAACAUUUGAAGUCAUACAGAAGAAUUUCUCCUCCAGUGGACCUAGAAUAUCAGUAUAUGUUGGAGCACGUAAUAACUUUGCCAUCAGCUGCCCAAACUAGACUGCCUUUUCACCUAAUAUUCUUCGGCACAGCACAGAGCUUCUGGAAAAUUCUCUCUACGGAACUCAGUGAAGAAUCCUUCCCAACAUUGCUCUUAAUUUCUAAGUUAAUGAAGUUCUCUUUGGACACUCUGUACGUGUCUACGGCCAAACACGUUUUUGAAAAAAAACUGAAGCCUAAGCUCCUGCAGUUAACACAAGCUAAAUCCUCGACACUGAUUAACAAGGAGAUAACUAAGAUCACUCAAACCAUCGAAUCCUACUUGUUAUCUAUCGUUAACCCGGAGUGGGCUGUAGCCAUUGCCAUCAGUCUAGCCCAGGAUGUCCCAGAAGGUUCCUUCAAGAUGUCCAGUUUGAAAUUCUGCCUGUAUUUAGCUGAGAGGUGGCUUCAGAAUAUCCCAUCUCAGGAUGAAACACGUGAAAAAGCUGAAGCUCUGUUGAAGAAGCUUCAUAUUCAGUACCGGCGAUCAGGCACGGAAGCUGUGCUCAUAGCCCACAAGCUGAACACUGCAGAGUACUUACGAAUGAUCGGGAAACCAGCACAUCUCAUUGUCAGUCUGUACGAACAUCCCAGCAUAAAUCAAAGAAUUCAGAAUUCAUCUGGCAAAGAUUAUCCUGAUAUUCACGCGGCUGCCAAAGAAAUAGCUGAAGUCAAUGAAAUUAAUUUGGAGAAAGUCUGGGACAUGUUGUUGGAAAAAUGGCUGUGCCCGUCUGCGAAACCUGGUGAAACACCAUCAGAAUUAUUUGAACUUCAGGAAGAUGAAGCACUACGAAGAGUCCUGUAUCUCCUUCUGUCUCGUCCGGUUGAUUAUAGUUCAAGAAUGCUGUUCAUUUUUGCAACAUCAGCUACAACUACGUUAGGUGUGCACCAGCUCACUUUCGCCCACAGAACGCGAGCCCUGCAGUGUCUCCUCUAUUUGGCUGACAAGGAAACUGUAGAAUCUCUCUUCAAAAAACCCAUUGAAGAAGUGAAAUCUUAUUUGAAAUGUAUAACUUUUCUGGCAUCAUUUGAGGCUCUGAAUAUCCCCAUCACAUAUGAAUUAUUUUGCAACAGUCCUAAAGAAGGAAUGAUUAAAGGUCUAUGGAAAAACCACAGCCACGAAUCCAUGGCCGUAAGGUUGGUGACUGAGCUUUGUUUAGAAUACAAAAUCUAUGACCUGCAGCUUUGGAAUGGACUCUUGCAAAAGCUUCUUGGCUUCAGAAUGAUUCCUUAUCUAAGGAAGGUUUUAACAGCCAUUUCUAGCAUCUAUUCUUUAUGGCAGGUUCCCUACUUCAGCAGAGCCUGGCAGCGCGUGGUUCAGAUACCGCUACUUUCAGCCUCUUGUCCUUUAAGCCCCAGUCAGCUGUCAGAUUGUUGUGAGAGUCUCAUCGCUGUCCUAGAAUGUCCAGUUUCAGAUGAUCUUGACCUGAUCAGAGUGGCCAGGCAGUAUGUCCAAUUAGAGCUUCCAGCUUUUGCAUUAGCCUGUCUAAUGCUCAUGCCCCACUCGGAAAAAAGGCACCAGGAAAUAAAGAAUUUUCUGGGCUCCUGUGACCCUCAGAUCAUUUUACAGCAGUUAGAGGAACAUAUGAAUACUGGCCAGCUGGCAGGGUUUUCACAUCAAGUUAGAAGUCUGGUCCUGAAUAAUAUCAUAGAUAAGAAGGAGUUUGGGAUUUUGGCAAAGACAAAAUACUUCCCAGUGUUGAAAUCACACAUGAUGAAUACCAACAACGUCACUGAACUAGUAAACUAUUUGGCAAAUGAGCUAAGUUUAGAUGAAGCUUCCAUCUUUAUAACUGAAUAUUACAAGCACUGUGGGAAACCUGUGCCACCAGGAGCCACUCCCUGUGAAACUCUGAAGGUGUUUCUUAAUGGAUCAUAGUAGAUCAUCAAAACUUUUUUCAAGAAGAAUAAGAGGAAGUUUGGAAUCUGUUAUCAAAUGACCCUAUUUAUUACAGUUUUUAAAUUGCGCAAUCUGUGUACAGUAGCUAUUGUCAGAUGUUCCUCGAGAAGUAAUAACUAAGAUGCUUAAUAAUAGCAUAACUGUCUCGUAAAGA